CCUUUUUUAAUAUUGUUGGCAAUCUCCAUCUACUCAGCAUUUAUAAUCUUUAUAUCUUGGAAGCAGUUAUAGACCCUUUUGCGCUACUGACUCCUCUUCCCUUGGAGAAAAAAAGAUACUUGAAAAGAGAAAAUGAGGCCAAAAACUCAAAGCCCCCUCAACCUGAAGCUUCUAAUGCUUGGCAUCUUGGCAGCUUUUCUCAUUCUUUUUGUCUUCAGAUCAAGUUUUUCGUCAUCGGAUCAGAGCUCCUCAGUUCCAACUAAUCAUGAUCUUCCAAGAACCUCUAGUUCUUCUUCAAAAGAUUUGAAAACCACCCCAAAAUGUUCACAUUCCUGCAACAAAAUUCCGCCAACUCUAGCUCACGCCAUCAUGCAUUACACAACCUCAACCAUUACACCACAGCAAACACUCAAAGAAAUAUCAGUAACUUCCAAGAUAUUAGAGAAGAAGUCUCCAUGCAACUUCCUUGUGUUCGGGUUAGGCCACGACAGCCUAAUGUGGAGCACAUUAAACUAUGCAGGGCGAACGGUUUUCCUGGAAGAAGAUGAAUCCUGGAUUGAGCAGAUCAAGAGAAGGUUCCCAAUGUUGGAAUCAUACCAUGUUACAUAUGAUACCAAAGUGACUCAGGCAAAUGAACUCAUGGAAGUGGGCAAAGGGCCAGAAUGCACUCCUGUUUCUGAUCCUAGAUACUCAAUGUGCCAGCUUGCCUUAAAAACCUUGCCUGAAGAAGUGUAUCAAACUAAAUGGGAUUUGAUCAUGGUGGAUGCUCCAACAGGCUAUUAUGAUGAUGCUCCAGGGAGAAUGGCAGCAAUCUAUACAGCAGGAAUGAUGGCCAGGAACAGAGAAGACGGCGGCAUUACCGACGUUUUUGUACAUGAUGUGAAUAGGGAGAUUGAGGAUCAGUUCUCCAGGGCGUUUUUGUGUGAUGCAUACAUGAAGAAACAAGAAGGGAGGAUCAGGCAUUUCAGAAUCCCAAGUUACAGAAGUAACUUGAACCAGCCUUUCUGCCCUUGAUACUUUGAUCCUUGGUCAUUUCCUUUUUUGUUUUGUCCCUCAAUUCUUUCUGAAAAGAAAUUUGUCAUUUAUGUAUCAUGUUUCAUUUGUUCCUUCUAGGUUUUAGAUAUUCCUUUUUUGUUCAUGAGGUAGAUAGUUGAGUCUCUGCAAAAUCAAACAUUUCAUUGUAUCUUUCUUUUUUUUUUUCUUUUGCUAUAUAUAUAUAUAUAUGCCAUAAUGGAAGGAAUAAAAGAGAGAAACGUAGUAUACUACUUUGUGGUGUGCACAACAAAUUGAGCAACA